GUCUUUUAAAGAAAUGGGGAAGGAAGAUGCCCAGGAGCCACUGUGUCAGUGGUAGCUGGCAUCUUUAUAAACUUUUAAAAGUGUUUCAAGGACUUCCUGGGGCUGGUGGACUACGGGUUGAAAAUCACUGGUUUAGAAAGGGGACUCCACCACAAACAAGAAAAGUUGCCCUUUCUGUUCUGGAACAUCAUCUCUACGUGGCCACUGAAGCCAUCCUCAUCGCGCUGGUGGGGGCAACUCCUCCCUACCACUGGGAUCUCGAAGAGCUCUCGGCUAAUCAGAGCCAUAGCAACCAGUCAGCGAGUGAGCAGAGAGCCUUUGGGGAAUGGCUCCUGACUGCCAAUGGCAGCGAGGUUCAUAAGCAUGUACACUUCAGCAGCAGCUUCACAUCAAUAGCCUCUGAGUGGUUUUUAAUUGGCAACACAUCAUACAAAGUCAGUGCUGCCAGUUCUUUCUUCUUCAGUGGUGUAUUUGUUGGAGUAAUCUCCUUUGGCCAGCUCUCGGAUCGCUUUGGAAGGAAGAAAGUGUAUCUCACAGGUUUUGCCCUUGACAUCCUGUUUGCUAUUGCAAAUGGAUUCUCACCCUCCUAUGAAUUCUUUGCCAUCUCUCGCUUCUUGGUAGGGGUGAUGAACGGUGGGAUGUCACUGGUGGCCUUUGUUCUACUGAAUGAGUGUGUAGGUACUGCCUACUGGGCAUUAGCAGGAUCCAUUGGUGGCUUGUUCUUUGCUGUGGGAAUUGCCCAGUAUGCUUUGUUAGGGUACUUCAUUCGUUCCUGGAGGACUCUGGCUGUUGUGGUUAACCUGGAAGGAACAGUAGUCUUUCUCCUCUCUCUAUUCAUUCCAGAGUCUCCCCGCUGGCUAUAUUCACAAGGUCGACUGAGUGAAGCGGAAGAUGCCCUCUACCUCAUUGCGAAGAGGAACCGCAAGCAGAAGUGCACUUUUUCAUUAAAACUUCCAGCAGAGAGGAGCCCCAGAGAAGCCGGCAGUUUCUUGGACCUGUUUCGAUACAGGAUUCUCUUGGGACGCACUUUGAUCAUGAUGUUCAUCUGGUUUGUGUGCAGCUUGGUUUACUAUGGUCUUACCCUUAAUGCGGGUGACUUAGGUGGAAGUAUUUAUGCCAAUUUAGCCCUUUCAGGGUUGAUAGAAAUCCCAGCAUACCCAAUCUGUAUUUACUUGAUUAACCAAAAAUGGUUUGGUCGAAAGCGAACUUUGAGUGCAUUUCUGUUCCUGGGAGGACUGGCUUGUCUUAUUGUCAUGUUUCUUCCUGAAAAGAAAGGCACAGGAGUGUUCGCAGUGAAUAGUCGCUCUCUCUCUUUGCUGGGGAAACUGACAAUCAGUGCUGCAUUUAACAUUGUUUACAUCUACACGUCGGAACUUUAUCCCACAGUGAUCAGGAACGUUGGAAUGGGUGCCUGCUCCAUGUUUUCCCGUGUUGGUGGAAUCAUUGCUCCUUUCGUCCCUUCAUUGAAAUCUGUACAGUGGUCUCUUCCAUACAUCGUGUUUGGAGUGACUGGUCUUUUGUCUGGGCUUUUAAGUUUAUUGCUGCCAGAGACAUUAAACAGCCCUUUGCUAGAAACAAUUUCAGACCUGCAGGUAUGCUCGUACUGGAGACUGGGUGAUGAAGCCAUGUCAUUGCAAGCACUGGAUGGCUCACAGUCUGGAGACAAAGAUAGUUUUGCCAGCAGUGGAAGUGAAGAUGAGGAGUUUUACGAUGCUGAUGAAGAAACCCAUAUGAUGAAAUAAUGAAAA